UGUGUGUGGAGUCUGUCGUCAGUCUCGGAACCAAGCGGAUAGUUCGCCUUCACCUACACCGGAUUAUAAACCGAACCUUCCCCGUGCUUGGCCGCACCAGGGAAGUGCAACGGACUAUUUUCCUCUUCUUCCUCCCGACAGAACAGCUGAUAAUGUCGCAGCGCUUUUAGGACCGAGCUUUCUUCUUUAUUUUGCGGUGGAGUGUUUUGUUGGAGAAAGAAGAAAAAAGCGAAUAUUCUCUUUGGUUUUUGAUUCGAGCGGACAUGUUUCGCCGCUGCUCCGAGUGAAACUCGCAUUUUGUCACUCGCGGACCCCGCGGCUGCUGCCACUGGACACAAGAGCAACUUUUCUAUGCGACAACUUGGUGUCAAUGGAUCGACAGUCCAGUCUCAUUUCCAUCUGGCUACAACUGGAACUGUGUGCCAUGGCCGUGCUCCUCACCAAAGGAGAAAUCAGAUGUUACUGUGAUGCCCCGCACUGCGUGGCCACUGGGUACAUGUGCAAGUCUGAGCUGAACCCCUGCUUCACCAAGGUGCUGGACCCGCUCACCGCCAACUCCCCGCUCACCCACGGCUGCCUCGAUCCCGCCACCAAUGCCGGGGACGUCUGCGGCGCUCAGAAGGGGGCCGACCCUCAGGGCGAGGGCUUCACGCUGGAGUGCUGUCAUCACGACAUGUGUAACUACAGAGGCCUUCACGACCUGGCGCACACCAGAGACUCAGCAGAUCAUGGCCGGUAUCAGCCGGAGAGCAACAACCGGAACCUGGUGACCCGAGUCCAAGAGCUGGCCUCGGCCAAGGAGGUGUGGUUCCGGGCGGCGGUGAUCGCGGUGCCCAUCGCCGGCGGCCUCAUUCUUGUACUGCUCAUCAUGCUGGCGCUGCGAAUGCUGCGCAGCGAGAACAAGCGGCUGCAGGACCAGCGGCAGCAGAUGUUGUCGCGACUCCACUACAGCUUCCACGGACACCACACCAAGAAAGGCCACUUGGCCAAACUGGACCUGGAGUGCAUGGUGCCGGUCACGGGACACGAGAACUGCUGUCUGACCUGCGACAAGAUGAGGCAGGCCGACCUGGGCAACGAUAAAAUCCUAUCGCUGGUGCACUGGGGGAUGUACAGUGGCCACGGCAAGCUGGAGUUCGUAUGACCUGUUGAGGGUCCGUCCGGGACUGCUGCGGUCUUGCUACUUAAAAGUCAUUCCCACAUUUCUGGGUCCAGUGGACUGCUGGGUUUGCGUGGCAGGAGAAGACUGAUCUCAUGCCGUGUGGUUUUUUCCAGAGGAGCACUUUACUUGAAAUUGAAAGGCGAAGCGACGAGAAGCUGUAUUUAAACUUGAGGUGGAGCUCAGUCGCCGCUCCUGAGGAUCCUGGACUUCUACUUCGAGCGCUGAAGGAUUCCAAACGAUUUGCACAUUUGUAUAAAGAAUAAUUUUACACUGACACCAGGGUACAAAAGAGGACUUGCGUGGGGAGUAAAACUCAAUCAGUGUUGGACUGUAGGCGUGCGCGCUCCUCCGUGCUGACGAUUCAAGUGUGUUGUAAACAUCUUAAAUAUAUCUCUAUUUUUGUCUGAUGGAAGCGUCCACCGUGUGACUCCUGGGUGAAUGUCCAACAUCUCUCUGUGAUCAGACUAUAAGCUUGACUGUGAGUGUGAAUGGAAGAACAGCUUCAAUUAAAGUGACUUUUUAUUUA